AUGACGAACACCAAAGCAACUAUGAGUCAAGCAUCUAUAGAUGAUACUUUUGCUAAUUUCGACAAUAAUAAUAAUUCCAUAGAGAACAACAGUGAUGAAUGUAUUCUUGAUACUUUUCGUUACAUAGGUGGAAGAAGAUUUCACAAUGUUACAGAUGCCAAAUAUUUUCUUCCAAAUGAUAAUGGUGAAGUUGAUCGUUUAGAAGGUCAACACUUUCUUUAUCGACAUAUUUGGCAGGGUAAUUUCUCUGCUCCUAAAAAACCUCCUAAUGCUACUUUUCUUCAAGCAAAUUUAUUGGAUGGUUUACCAUUUCCUGAUGGAACUUUUGAUUUCGUUUAUCAACGUUUCAUGUCUUCUGCUUUAGAAGAAUCUCAGUGGAGAGAUGAAGUUAUUGCAGAACUUGUUAGAGUUAUUAAACCUGGUGGUUGGAUAGAAUUAAUGGAGCUUGAUAUCGUUUGUACUGAAGACGUUAAUGCACCGACUUAUCAAAAAUUCAAUCGUUCACACUUUCUUGCCGAUCGAGGAAUUAAUGGUUUAAUUAGUUCUAAACUAAAAGGUUAUUUAGAGAGUACAAACGAACUUACAAAUAUUCAAUGUGAAGAACGUUCUACUCGAAUUGGUCAAUGGGGUGGUAGACUUGGUGAAAUG